AGGCGUUAGGUCUCAAAAACAAAUGGAAACGGAAAGAAAUGGAAAAAGCAUCAAUCGGCAACGGCGUUCUUGAAUUGGGAGUACCCGGAGUGAGAGAGGAGAAACAAAGGCGUAAAGGGCGUUUGGAUUUCAUCUAUCUACCCUAUAUAAUUCCUAGUGGGGAUUAUUAUAUGGCAUUAUUUUCAUCACUUGCGGUUGGUUCACCAUUCAUGGCAUUCAUUGUUUUGUCUUGCUCUUCAGGAGGAGCAAAGCAAAAAGGCAGACAGGCAGACAGGCAGACAGGGCAGCCGGCCGGCCGGACCGGACAGGCGGGCGGGUGCAAACUGAGAUGGAUGACAACGAAAAGCUUGGACACCAUUCGACGGUUCGACGACGGAGAAUAUAAGCUAGAGACCUGGGACACUCGCUUGCCACGCCAUGCCAUGCCAUUCGGUGCUCGUUACUCGUUGCGAUGGUUGUGGUUGUGGUUGUGGUUGAAACGAGGGAAUAGAACUAUACUCUGAUAUACAUGCUAUCUAUACAUACCUAUGCC